CCGCGCCGCAAACCGCGCGAUAUUUCCCGCGGAGCUCGGGGCGCGGCGGCGGAAUUACUUUAUAUACAGAAAUCUUGUGAGAUCCCUGUGCAAACAAGGUGAUGAUUGCACAAAGAGUGGUGUUAAAUUCCCGACCCGGGAAAAAUGGUAAUCCAGUGGCAGAAAAUUUCCGAGUAGAAGAAAUCAGUUUACCAGAUCAUAUCAAUGAAGGACAAGUACAAGCCAGAACUCUUUAUCUUUCUGUGGAUCCUUACAUGCGCUGUAAAAUGAAUGAAGACUCGGGGGCUGAUUAUUUAGCACCUUGGCAGUUGUCUCAAGUGGUUGACGGAGGAGGUAUUGGGAUUAUAGAAGAAAGCAAACACACAAAUUUUACUAAAGGCGACUUUGUGACUUCUUUCUACUGGCCCUGGCAAACCAAGGUUAUUCUGGAUGGAAAUAUCCUAGAAAAGGUAGACCCGCAACUCGUGAAUGGACAUCUUUCAUAUUUUCUUGGAGCUAUUGGUAUGCCUGGCUUAACUUCCUUGUUUGGGAUACAGGAAAAAGGUCAUAUAACUCCUGGAUCUAAUCAGACAAUGGUUGUUAGUGGGGCUGCUGGUGCUUGUGGAUCCUUGGCUGGGCAGAUUGGUCACUUGAUGGGCUGUUCCCGAGUGGUGGGAAUUUGUGGAACACAAGAGAAGUGCCUCCUUUUGACCUCAGAACUGGGCUUUGAUGCUGCUAUUAAUUAUAAAAAAGAUAACGUAGCAGAACAGCUCCGGAAACUAUGCCCAUCUGGUGUGGAUGUUUACUUUGACAAUGUUGGCGGUGACAUAAGUAAUACAGUGAUAAGUCAGAUGAAUAAGAACAGUCACAUCAUCCUGUGUGGUCAAAUUUCUCAGUACAACAAAGAUGUGCCUUAUCCUCCUCCACUGCCUCCUGCUGUAGAGGCAAUCCAGAAAGAAAGAAACAUUGCAAGAGAAAGAUUUAUGGUCUUAAAUUAUAAGGACAAAUUUGAGUCUGGUAUUCUACAGCUAAGUCAAUGGUUUAAAGAAGGAAAGCUAAAGAUUAAAGAAACUAUGACAAAUGGAUUAGAAAACAUGGGAGCUGCAUUCGUGUCCAUGAUGACAGGAGGUAAUGUUGGAAAGCAGAUAGUGUGCAUUUCAGAAGAAACCUCUUUGCAGUCUCUAUAAACAUCUUCAUCAAAGAAAUACAGAUUUCUUUCCAUUUUGUACAAAGACUCAAGACACAUUAAAAAAAUAACCUUAGAGU